AUGCACGCCACUCUCAGCGAGGGUGUUGAACCGAAAUGGAUUGCGCCGUCCAGCGCUGAUAGUCUGGUGUCGUACCGGAUACCCAAUGUUGGCUAUACUCCACAGUCGUGCUCGACUUGCGGCUGUCAUGUUGGCGGAGUUGGACAUGAUGAUGGACUAUGGACGCUUGCAACGGUGAUUUUGAAGGAACACGACCGCGGCCUUGUAAACAUCGCGUUGCACGCCUUCAGCAAAUCCGCCGGAGAUGAUGGACUGGCCGGCAUCUUCACACAUGUCCAAGGUAAAGCUAUAGGCGCCUGGAACCCCAAGGACGACCAGCCCAACGCAGUGGUUGUGAAGCCCAAGCUUGAAGUUGGAGCUGAUGGGCAGGAGAGACUCCGGGCUCAGUGUCAUUGCGGAGGUGUCUCCUUCACCAUUCCUCGGCCAUCGACAGAAAUGGCAGAGCAUGCUUACGCCAAGCAUUUUGUGUCGCCGCUCGACUCGACGAAAUGGUAUGGCACACUCGACCUUUGCGACGACUGCAGGCUCAUCAACGGAAAUCCUGUGGCGUCUUGGAUUUUUGUGCCUACCAAUGCCAUCGAGCCCGCUGUCGGCGAGGACCUCGAGCUCGGCACCAUCAAAACGUACUCUUCGUCAGAGGGUGUGACGCGCGCCUUCUGCUCCGUCUGCAGCGCGACCGUCUUCUUUCUGCAGCACAGCCGCCGCUUCAACGGAGUGCCUGUAGUCGACAUCUCGACUGGGCUUCUCAGAGCGCCGGAGGGAGCCAUGGCUGAGAACUGGAUCACCUGGCGGACGAGAUGCUCUUUUGAGGGCAAUGGACUUGCAUUUGACAAGGACAUGGCCGAAGGAAUAAUUGAAGGAAUGAAGAAAUGGACUGCGGAGAGAAACAAUGGAGAGAUCCUGACAGGCGAGAUUUGA